AUGCUUCCCAAAAGGGCGGGCGUUCUUUCCCUCCUCGCGUUGACGCUGCACUAUAGUGUGCUAUCGAUCAUGCUCCAUGUCUCACGGUCGAUGCCGGGCGCCCGAUACCACGCUUCUUCCGCCAUCGCCCUGACCGAGUUCUUCAAGAUCAUUGUCGCAUUAGCUCUGGUAGCCUGGUCCGGCGAACUUCGACCGACUGUAUCUGAACGACAAAGGUUGUAUUGGCAGCUGGACGAGCGACGUGCACUGGCAGAGGCGAGCGAGCCGGCGUGGCUUGGCGAGGAGAAGGGCCAAUCAGGUGGCGACGAAUCCGACAAAGACGACGACCAGAAACAUUACGACUGGUUGAGUAUGGCCGAAACCACUUGUGAGUUGUCCCCAAGUCCGGAGUUGGGACUUGCUGCCGGAGUAUUCAUCGUCGACUGUUGUUGAGGCCGAACGAUGCCUGGCCGCCACUCUCAUGUUGGCAAAAGCAGUUUGAGCUGAACAGCUUUUGGACGGUAUCCCAUAGCAUCCUCAUCUGGCGUUGGAAAGAGAGGGUCUCCAACAACUCUGCGCAUCGAUUCUUGCCUGGCUCAGCAGCUAGAUGCUACCGCGCCUAAGCUUGCACUGAUACCUGCAACUCCGGCGCCGGAGCCCUCGCCGACCAAAAUUCUCGACGCCGACGGCCUCUAUCCGACCCGACAGGCAUUCGAAUUGCGUGCAAGGGGCUCCCACAUGAGUGAUGUGCUGGAUGUGGAAUGGUGGAGGGCACUUCAAGAGACCGUCUGGAGCGAAGGCUGGUGGAAUCUGGCGUUUGUCGCCGCGCUCUAUAUGGUGCAAGGCAACUUGCAGUACGUUGCCUCGGGAAACCUCAGCGUCCCCUUGUUUCAACUCGCCUACCAACUCAAGGUGAGUUUGAGUUCUGAUGUCGUCGGCGUUCUGUGCGACGGAACAGCUGAAAAGCGCUUCAUUUCAUUCGCAGAUUCCAGCGACGGCAAUGUGUUCGGUGAUCCUCCUCAAACGCGUCUUGACGCAACAACAAUGGGCAUCGCUCUUCGUCUUGACCUUCGGCGUCGGCAUUGUUCAGAUCUAUAGCGUGUCGGCCUCAACGGCUGCUUCAACCCAAGCCACACCACUCGCUCCAGCCCAUGAAUCGGGGCGACCGAAUCAGUUUAUCGGCCUGCUCGCCGUGAUGGCAGCCUGCAUCUCUUCUGGAUUUGCAUCGUGUUUCUUCGAGCAGAUUCUCAAAACACCGAGCACGCCACAUUCGUCGCCAAACCCCAACACCACACCGACGACUUUCAUCAGGCCCAGCAUUUGGGUUCGCAACAUCCAGCUCUCGUUCUUCGGCCUUGUCGCUGGUGUUCCCGUCUUGAUGUGGGAGCUGUCGAACUGUGCCGGAGAUGCGAACGGCGCUGUGGCUGCGAGUGGGUGGUGGAGAGCUUCUGCCUGGCAGCCGAUCGCAGCAGCCAGCACGUUCUUCGAUGGUUUCAACGCCAUUACUUGGAUGGUUGUGUUUCUUCAGGUUACCGGAGGCUUGCUCGGCGGUGAGUACAACCUUCUGGGAAAAGCUUUGUUUGGCUUGUUCUGGGUAAUUGAAUGUGCUGAUUAUGGGUGACGACGGAUGCGGACAGCUUUGGUGAUGAAGCACGCCGAUAAUCUCCUCAAAUGCUUCUCUACGAGCAUGUCAAUUUUGCUCUCGGUGGUCGCCUCUGUCUUUUUGUUCAACUUCCAGGUGAGGGAAAUGCAACAAAACUCGCGAUGCGAAUGCCGCGCCAAACUGACUCGCGUGUCUUACAGGUGAAUCUUGGGAUCGUCUUCGGCUCUGCGAUGGUUCUUGCGGCCACAUAUGUGUACACGACACCUACCACUCGUGAGGCAUGGCGGUGGCGACCGGCCAACGCUUCACCGCGUCGGCAUCAGAAUACUGCGCCUUCCAUAAUCGUCAACGAUCCGGGAUCACGGGCAAGCUCACAUAAUUAA